GUACUCGACACUGACACUAAAUUCCAAAAUGUGAAGGCCUGUGACAGAUCUUCAUAUGAAGAUCUGUCACAGAUCUUCACUAUUAGAGGGAUAGAAAAACAUGGGACAAAGAUCACGAUCCUCUCACCACCAGGAGGUGGUUCAUGUUUGGGCUGCCAGGAGCAACCAGAUGCUCCAAACACCUCUCCUGAAGGCAGUGCUUCGAGAGGGAUAGAAAAACAUGGGACAAAGAUCAUGAUCCUCUCACCACCAGGAGGUGGUUCAUGUAUGGGCUGCCAGGAGCAACCAGAUGCUCCAAACACCUCUCCUGAAGGCAGUGCUUUGUUCGUGAAUAUUGACGAGGACGUUCCCACGUGCGAGCCGCUUCUCAAUCCUGCUAUGUGUGCAGAAGCUCACGGAGUUAUGGAGUUAGAAGAUGCUGCCAAUGAGGAGGAAAUGGAAGAACAACCAGCCAUACCCAAGUCACGGAAUAAGUACGGCCAAAGCAAGGAAGGAAGGGAAGGUGAAACUGACAGGAACAGAGGCUCUGUGGGACAGAUGCUCCCUGGCUCUCCACACGUGCAGUGGCAGGCCGUGGGAUCUGAAGCUGGUCAG